AUGUUGAAUAGUCGAAUUACUGAAAAAGAAAAAGAAUAUGCUUCCAUAUGUAAAUUAAAGGAGAUUUCUCAAGAAAUGUCUAAAAAAUUGGAACUUUUAGCCGAAAGACUGGAGACUUUGAAUGAUGGUAGUGAAGCUGUGUCUACAGUUUUACAAAACUGGCCUAUGAUUUUUGAAUCCAUACAAUUAGCUUCUCAAAAUACGGAAGCUCUAGUUCGAGUUCCUCAUACCCUUGAUGAGAAGCAGCCAUCCGACUCUUUCUCAAAUCAAUAG